AUGGAUAUUCGAAACUUACUUAAUACACAAGACGAUCAAUACAUUGACGUAUCGAUCCAUUCUUCACCUUCGUCUUCCUCGGAUUAUGAUAAACCAUUUGAAUGCGACUGGGAUAACUGUGGCAAAUGUUUCUCUCGACGAUCCGAUCUUUCCCGGCAUCAAAGAAUUCACACAGGCGAAAGACCCUACCACUGCGAAUGGGAAGGCUGUGGCAAACAAUUCAUCCAACGAUCGGCCUUGACCGUUCAUUAUCGCACUCAUACCGGGGAACGACCCCACGUCUGUGAAUAUGAAGCGUGUGGCAAAUCAUUCAGCGAUUCUUCCUCAUUAGCCAGACAUCGACGCACACACACUGGCAAGCGUCCGUACGUAUGCCUAUACCCCGAAUGUGGAAAGUCGUUCACACGCAAAACCACCUUAUCCAGACAUCAACGUUGUCACGAUCCACAAUGGAAAGCUUUCAGUAUGAACAAGGCGAGUCAACCAUCUCCGACCCACUAUACGCCUACUUCGCCAGCUACCAGUUGCGACUCAGAAGGCGAUGCUCCGCCCAGUCCCCCCACCACACCUUCGGAUUGCUUUCAAUAUCGCGCUUCACCACCUCUUGUGGCUCCCAUCGUUUACCGUCCCAACACACCUUACGCUAUCCGAUCCACCGCUUCCCACCCUCAUCGUGCCUCUUUAUCUCAACCAAGAUGGCCAUCAUUAUCACACACGGCUUCUCCCGAUCAAUUCAUGAAGGACAUGUUGCCUAGCAGUUACUCGUACCGGCCCAAAUACACACCCACUCAAGGUCAUUCCCCUUAUUAUGGCGGUUAUCCUAUUCAGAUCAACUAA